UCUCUCCUCGUAUUGUCCAAUCCCAUUUAUUUAUUUUAUUUAUUUAAAUCCAUGAUGAGAGAGAGAACAAAACAAUCCAUUCCUUAAUCCCCUAUUGAGAGCUCUCUCAAAGGUUUUCUUUCAGAAAUAAUAAUAAUAAAACAAUAACAAUAACAAUAACAAUAAAUAAACAAUAAUAUAUAUCAAACUCUGUAGGGGGCGUAAAGACUAAAGAGGAUGAUGAGGAAAGAAAAGGAAGAAGAAAAGAGGAGAAACGAAGAGGAGAGAGGAUAAAAAGGGAGGAGGGAAUAGGCCCCGCUCAUCUCAUCUCAUCUCAUCUCAUCUCAUCUCCCCCUUGCGUAGGUAGAUAGAUAGAUGAACAGGAGAGGAAAGAAGAAGCGACGGCGUGGCGUGGUUAAUUAAAUGCAUCACAAGCGAUCCGACUCUGAUCCGAUCGGGAAAGAAAGCUUCGCUCUCUCUUCCGAUUCCCCGCUCGCCCCUCCCUCUCCCCCUCCCGCCUCCUUCCUCCGCAUCGAUAUCCCCAACCCUAAUCACCAUGCCCUCCUCUCCACCCCCCACAAGCGACCCGUCAUGAACCCUAGCUCCGCCGCAGCCGCAGCCGCAGCCGCAGCGAGCUCCGCCGCCUCCUCCUCCGGCGCCGGCGAUCCCCGGCGGCGUCGUCGGGACCGGCGCUNUGAUCCCCGGCGGGUGAGGUUCUCGUCCGCCGUCGCCCGAUUCGCCGUGCGCCACCUCAUCCGCCGGCUCCACCUCCGGCUCCGGCUCCUCCUCCUCCUCUCCUUCCCCUCCCUCUACCUGCUCCUCUCCUCCUCCGCCGCCGCCGCCGACUCCGACUCCGACUCCGGCCGAUCGCUCCUCCUCGACUUCGUCUGCGCCGCCGCGUUCUCCUCGGCGCUGCUGCUGCUCCUCUGCGUGUCCUUCCACUCGCUGCCCCUCCCCUCCCUCCGCCUCCUCCUCUCCCGCUCCUCCGCCCUCCUCCUCCCCCGCCACCACCCCCGCCGCGGGCCCCACGCCCCCGUCCUCUGGUCCAUCGGCUCCUCCUCCAACCCUAAACCGAACCCUAGCCGAUCGGCCUCCGGCUUCUCCGUCCAGGUCUACAGCAACGGUGACGUGUACGAGGGCGAACUCCACAGGGGCAAGUGCUCGGGGAGCGGAGUGUACUACUACUACAUGAGCGGCAGGUAUGAAGGUGAUUGGGUCGACGGGAAGUAUGACGGAUAUGGGGUUGAAACAUGGGCUCGUGGGAGCCGCUACCGGGGACAGUAUCGGCAGGGGCUUCGGCAUGGGUACGGUGUCUAUCGGUUCUACACCGGCGAUGUGUACGCAGGAGAGUGGUCGAACGGGCAGAGCCAUGGGUAUGGGGUGCAUACCUGCGAGGAUGGGAGCAGAUAUGUUGGGGAGUUCAAGUGGGGAGUCAAGCAUGGCCUCGGACACUACCAUUUCAGGAAUGGCGACACCUAUGCUGGAGAAUACUUUGCGGACAAGAUGCACGGCUUUGGGGUCUAUCGUUUUGCUAAUGGGCAUCAGUAUGAGGGAGCAUGGCAUGAGGGCAGGAGACAGGGCUUGGGGAUGUAUACAUUUAGGAAUGGAGAGACUCAAUCAGGCCACUGGCAAAAUGGCGUCCUCGAUACUCUAAGCACCCAGAAUACUCCCCCAGGAUCUCCUAUUGCGGUUAACAAUUCCAAAGUACUUAAUGCUGUUCAGGAAGCAAGAAGAGCAGCAGAGAAGGCUUACAAUGUCCCGAGAGUAGAUGACAGGGUGAACAAGGCUGUCGCAGCAGCAAACAAAGCAGGCAAUGCGGCAAGAGUUGCUGCCGUGAAAGCCGUUCAAAAGCAAAUCCCUAGUCGUUCCGGCGAUUUACCGAUGCCGAUUGUCUGAAACCUUACCCUUGAAGGGGGAUACUUUAAUCUUUCAGCAAGGCCGGCCCACAUUGCUUUCUUCGAGCAAAGCCAUUACAGCAGACAAGGUCGGAACUAAAAGAAAAACUCCCAUUACCUGGUGAAUUGUUGUUCUUUCAGUCCUUGCUCUCUAUUUCUCCUGAGAGCAGUGUCUAUACAAUUCCAGCCUCGAGUGACUUUUCAGUUAUCGAAGAUAAUUGAAAAACGGCAGCUGGUUUUCUCUCAUUUUCUUUUCGUGUUGUAUGUGAAUAUGUAAGUGCCUCAUCGGUUGCGGCACUUCUAUGUGAUAGGAAGGACUUUAGUCGCCUUAUGCAUGUAUAGAGCUGGUCACCGCCGUGUUGGUUUGAUGAGUUGAAACCUCAAGGCGUUCAAUCUUGUACUGGAAAAACUAGCUAUUGUCAUAAAAUUGAGUUGGGAUAGCAUCUUACUUGUCGAUCAAA